AUGCUGCCCCAAGCGGACCCCACCGACGGCAUGACCUGCGACUCGUGCAACAAGGACAUCAAGUUCCUGUGCUACAUUCGGUGCGCGGAGUGCAAGGACGUGGUGGACCUGUGCGUGAGCUGCUUCUUCAGCGGGAGCGAGCCGCGCCAGCACAAGAAGACCCACAGCUACAGAGUCAUGGACAAGCUGCACAAGCCCAUCUACUCAGAGGGCUGGAGCGCAGUCGAGGAGCUCGCCCUAGCAGACCUCACGCGGAAGAGAGGCUUGGGAGCCUGGGAAGAAAUCGCUGAUCUGAAAAUGUUCUACCGCCGCAAGUCCGAGAAGGAGCUCAACGCCCGCUAUCUGGACACGUACCUGGCAACGUACGACUCGGUGCUCCCCCCUCACUACCUCCGUGAGAGAGAAGACGGCACGGUGGAGAAAGUGCCCAUCCCCCCGACUCAUCCGGAGAGGUGCCGCCCCUCACAAAGAGGGGUCAAGCUGGACUCGAAGGAGGUCCGCAGCCGCACCAUCGCGGAGCUGGGCACGAACCCCCGUUACCGAUACGAGCCCUCCUGGCAGGCGCUUGCCAAGAAGCAGGAGAUGGCGAAGGUUGCCGCCCGGGCUGCUGCCGCGGCCUCAGGGAACGUGGAAGGAAGUGACGGUACCCCCACCACCGGCAACAGCAGCACCAACAGCAACGGCGCGGGCGGGGGUGGCGGCGGCAGCAGUGCCGGUUCUGAUGGCGGAGGCGGCGGCGGAGGUGCUGCGACGGGAGGCGAAGAAGGCAGCAAUGCUGGCGGGGGGGCUGCUGCCGGGGGGGCAGGGGGCGAGAUGGAAGAGGUGGCUUCGAAGACUACGAACAACAGGAGGAAGAGGCGCAGGGUGGCCCAGAGCAAGGUGAAGGAAGAGGAGCGCCUGAUCAAGGAGUGGGCAGACAAGCUUCCAGGAGCCGACCUUUCGGUGUUCUUGCCCCUAAGGGGGGACUUUGACCACGAGCACGACAACGCGGCGGAGGAGCUGCUGGCGAACAUGGAGUUCCGUCCCACCGAUCACGCGAGCGAGAGACAACUCAAGCUAGACGUGAUCGCGGUGUACAACCAUCGCCUCGACGAGAGGGAGAAGCGCAAGCGGUUCGUGAUCGAACACAACCUCCUGGACUACAAGAAGCAGCAGCAGAACAACAGCGCCGGCCGCAAGAGACACAAGGAUGACCGCGAACUGAUCGCGAAGCUCCGACCCUUGGCGAGAUUCAGCACACCCGCGGACCACGAGGAGCUCAUCGACAACCUCCUCCUCGCCAAGAAGAUGCGGAUGAGGAUAGAGCAGCUGCAGGUGUACAGGCAGAACGGCAUCACUACCCUCGCCGAAGGCGCCGAGUUCGAGAUCGCAAAGAAGAAGCGGCAGGAAGAGCUGGCUUCAAAGAAGCACCGCGAGUCUGCCUCCUAUCUCUACGAGGGGGUGGGACAAGGCGGCAGCAGCACCUCGAGCAAGGCCAACAUCCGGAACAUACGGGACCGCAACUACCGUUGCAGCAACAGGCAAAAGGAUGGUGGAGGCGACGGCGGAGGAGAAGCUAACAACGAUAACCUCCUGGACAUCAGCGGGGCCCCGGGGGUGGAGUACCUGUCCCCGGCGGAGCGUGUGCUUUGCUCGCAGCUGCAUCUGCUGCCCGGGUACUACCUCGUCAUCAAGAACGCCAUGAUCCAGGAGUGUGCCCGAGCCGGCUGCCUCAAGAAGAAGCGCCUCCCUGACCUGGCCGUGUUGGACACUCCUCGCCUCAAUAAGAUGUACGACUUCUUCUCCACCCUCGGCUGGGUGACGGACAAGGCCACGGACUUUACGCCCAACGGCAGCUCCAGCACCAACGGCGGCUUGCCGUGA